AUAAAGUAUAAACUUGACCUCUCUAGUGGCCAAAUAUUUGAUAUAUAUUUAUGUUGGAUGUGUGCUUGGCUUACAUCACAGCAACCUGAAUUUCCAAUUCGAUGGAUUUCGACAUUAAUCUCCUGUCACAGUACUCAACCAUUCCAUUUACAAUCUAUGGCACGUUGCUGUUUCUCUUUGUUCUUUUUUGGUUACUGAGUAGGAGAAGCCACGCUAGAUGCACAAAGGCACCACUGCCACCGGAAGCUGGCGGCGCGUGGCCUUUGAUCGGUCACCUCCACCUAUUAGGUGGGUCCCAACCACCUCACGUCACCUUGGGUAACAUGGUCGAUAAAUAUGGACCCAUCUUCACCUUGCGUUUAGGUGUUCAUCGAGCUUUGGUGGUGAGCAACUCAGAAUUGGCCAAAGAGUGUUUCACCAUAAACGACAAAGCGUUUGCUUCUCGUCCCAAACAUGUAGCCUUUGAUGUUUUGGCCUACAACUUCUCCAUGUUUGGUUUAAGCCCCUACGGCCCCUACUGGCGCUACAUACGCAAGAUAGCCACCAUGGAGGUCCUCUCCAACCACCGCAUAGAGAUGCUAAAGCAUGUGAUGGAAUCGGAGGUGAAAGCUGCGAUGAAGGAUAGUUAUGAUUUUUGGGUAGCUACAGAGAAAAGUGGUAAUAAAAAAGCAGUUACUGAGAUGAAGAAGUGGUUUGGAGAUAUAACACUGAAUGUUUUGUUCAAAACGGUGAUAGGAAAACGUUUUGUUGGAAAGGGUUGUGGUGGUGAUGAGGAAGAGAAUGAGAAGAUUAGGAAAGCACUUCGAGACUUCUUUGAUCUCAGUGGGUCAUUUGCUGUGUCUGAUGCGGUACCAUUUUUAAGAUGGUUUGAUUUGGAUGGACAAGAGAAGAAAAUGAAAAAGACAGCAAAAGAGUUAGAUGACUUCAUUCAAGUUUCCCUUGAGGAACACAAACGCAACAGGAAUGGAAAUAAUGGUAAACAUGACUUCAUGGACGUGCUUCUUUCCACCGUUGAUGAUGAAGGUUUUGACGGUCGUGAUGCUGAUACUAUGAUCAAAGCCACAUGUUUAGCACUAAUUUUAGCUGGGACUGACACAACUAGUGGGACAUUGACUUGGACUCUAUCUCUACUUCUCAACAACCCUGAAGUCCUAAAGAAGGCCAAACAUGAACUAGACACACAAAUUGAUAGAGAAAAGAUGGCACUUGAAUCAGACUUGACAAAACUGGAGUAUCUUGAAGCUAUCAUCAAGGAAACUUUGCGCUUGUACCCUCCUUCACCACUCAACCUGCCUCAUGAGUCAAUGGAAGAUUGUACCAUUGGUGGGUACCAUGUGCCUGCUGGCACACGUCUCUUGACUAAUAUAUCAAAACUUCAACAAGAUUCCUCACUAUAUUCCAAUCCCCUGGAAUUUAUCCCCGAGAGAUUCUUGAUGAGUCAUAAGGACAUUGAUGUUAAAGGAAAGCACUUUGAAUUAAUUCCAUUUGGUUCAGGCAGAAGAAUGUGUCCUGGAAUCUCAUUCGGGCUUCAACUAAUGAAAAUGACCCUUGCUACUCUAUUGCAAGGUUUUGAGAUUGUUACUCUUGAUGGAGGACCAACUAAUAUGGAUGAACAAAGCGGGUUAACCAACAUCAAAGCCUCUCCGCUCAAAGUCACUCUUAAGCCAUGUUUAUCUGCCCAAGUUUAUGGUUAAAAUUAAACAUUUGAGGGAACUUCCUCCAGUGUAGGAAUAGAAAUGCAUGAGAGUGCUACUCCAUGGAUUGUUCAUCCAAUCCAAAUAUUGAUGGAAUUAUUAUAAAAACGUAUAUUUCUAUUAUUCAAUAAUGAUAAAUGUAUUUAAAGUGUC